AUGAGACUAACCUUCGAAGUAUGUUCAGUGAUCUUCACAUUGGGCAACCUGGUGGCCUCUCAGUCACAAUCAUCUGGUUGGAAAGAUACCAACAACAUCACUAUAGUCAAUUUCAAUAAUGAGAAGAUGCGGAUCACAUGGGCAGCAACAGAAUUACUUCCCGGCGAGAAUGUGUCAUUUUCUUAUACGUGAAUUUAAUGCGGACAGCACAACAUUUGGAAGCCAUGUCCCACCUACCUGUUGCAUCAAGGUUUUAAUUCUGGAUGUCAGUUUAAGACAGAAGGCUCAACCCUUACCAUCUCAAUCAUGAACAGUAAUGGAAGCAAAGAGCUUUUUUCUAAAAGACUAAAAUCUGACUUUUAUAUAAAGCCAAGCCGACCAGAAAAUGUGACCUUCUUGUGGAAAGAUGACACUGUUACUGUAAGCUGUAAUGAACCAAAGAGAGCUGUGAUCUGCUUGAGACUUGAGCUUCAGUAUAAAAGCAAGUUUGAUAAAGAGUGGCAAUCCAAAAUUUCUAGGUGUUGCAGUGUUGGAGAGCAAGGCUUUGACCCAAGGAAAUGCUAUUCUUUUCGGGUCAGACUGAAGAGGCUAGUACCUCACUGCAACGUAGUUAAUUACAGCAGUGACUGGGAAGCAGAAACAUUUUGGAUGAAUGGCAUAUCAUUAGAUUCAUGUGAUGAUGACAUAAAAACUCGGACAAACACAAUAAUUCUUCUAAGCUGUACGCUGUCAGUACUUCUAAUGAUAUUUCUUCUUGUGAUUCUUCUGUGUAAAUGGCAGAGACUUCAAAAGUCAGUCAUGCCUGUUAUACCAGAUCCCAAAUAUGUAUUUGCUGAUCUCUUCAAUGACCAUAGUGGAAAUUUUGAGGAAUGGAUAGACAAAACUGAGCAAGCAACAGUGCAAAACAAGGUAGAAUAUGAAGAGUCAGAGUGCACCAUUGAGGAGGAAAGCCACCAAGAAGACAAAAAUAGUGACAAAGUAGAGUCUAAGGAUAAUAUCUUCAGUUUUUCAGGAGCAGCUGAAAAUGACCAUCCCAAAACAUCUCAAAAUGCCUGCCUGAUGCCAACAUCCAAUGUUACAGUUUGUCUUGCUGGCUUCCCAAUUUUAAUGAAUGAUGAUAUGUAUGUGAUGUUAUAA